GGCCCCGGGGCCUCCAUGAUGGAGGAGCGAGCGGCCGCCGCGGUCGCCGCCGCCGCCUCCUCCUGCCGCCCGCUCGGCUCCGGCGCGGGCCCCGGCCCGACGGGGGCGGCCCCGGCUUCUGCCCCCGCCCCCGGGCCCGGCCCGGCUGCUAAGGGAGGCGGCGGUGGAGGGAGCCCCGGCCCCACGGCGGGACCGGAGCCCCUGAGCCUGCCCGGGAUCCUACACUUUAUCCAGCACGAGUGGGCGCGCUUCGAAGCGGAGAAGGCCCGUUGGGAGGCCGAGCGCGCCGAGUUGCAGGCUCAGGUGGCCUUCCUCCAGGGAGAAAGGAAGGGGCAAGAGAAUCUCAAGACAGACCUGGUGCGGCGGAUCAAGAUGUUAGAAUAUGCACUGAAGCAGGAAAGGGCCAAAUAUCAUAAAUUGAAAUUCGGGACAGACCUGAACCAGGGGGAGAAGAAACCAGAACUGUUGGAACAAGUCUCCAAUGGCCCAGUGGAGUCGGUCACCCUGGAGAACAGCCCGCUGGUGUGGAAAGAGGGGCGGCAGCUUCUCCGACAGUGAGUGUGUGGAGGGCAGGGUGGAGG